AUGUUUCGAUUGUCUUCACAAAGUCAUAACUUUAUUGUAUUUUCAAUCUUUGCUUUACUAAUCUCAUCCUGCUAAGCAAUCAAUAAUUUGAAAGGGCACAUUGAGGGUAUAUUUAUAAUAACAGUUAGGUCGUCAUAAUAGGCAUUUUUAUUCAAACGAUUAGAAGGACAACCCAAUAAUAGCCAUAAUUAUUGGAGUCUUAGUUAUUUUUGGUGCAUCAGCUUUGUUAUGGUACAAUGAGAGAAGGUUUUUUAUUUAUCACAUCAAAAUAAUAGAUAGGCAAUUACGGAAUAUAGAUUAGAAUAAGCAAAAAAAUAAUGCAUAUCAGUCAACUCUUCGGAAGUUAAUCCUAAUACCAAUCAUUAAUUGAUUCAUAUAAAUGGUAUUAAUUAAACAAUAUUAAUAUAAUAGGUGAAAGCAGAACUAGUGAACUAGUAGAGGAUGCUGCUUUUGGUUUGUCAUUGAAAGAUUGUAUUAAAUUAGUGAGAAAAGUAGAAAUGUACUAAUGGGUACGCAAAUCAAGAAAAAAUAGAAGAGUUGGUUAUUAUUAUGUUUAAGAAUGGAGUUCAACUUUCCAUUCAGAUUGCGAUGAGGAACACAAUAAUGACAAGUCUAAAUGGAUUUUAGAAGAAUAGAUAAAAGUUAAUUAGAACGUUCGCAUAGGUGCUUAUUUAAUGAGCAAGUCUUUGGCAGAAUAAACUAAUGCAAAUGAGAAUAUACUAAUGUUUUCAAAUAAUGCAUAAGCAGUUUCUAAUUUUUACAAAUAUUCAUAGGGAUUUUAGGAUUUGUACAAAUAUAUCUAUAUUUUAGUGAAGCAAAUGGACCAUAUAUAUAUUUCUAAUAAAAUAAAGGAACUGUCACUCUAAAUGAUUUGAGAGUUUCAUUCGAUGCUGCAAGAACUGGUCCUACAACUGUUGUUUCUCAAUAAGAUUAUGAUUCAUUUACACCUUUUAUUAUUCAUGAUAAAUUUGAAUAGACUUUAACUAGAGAUGAAAAUUUGGAAGAUUUGUAAUUAUCAUGUACUACUUGCUUUUGUAUCUGUUGUAAACUUUGUAGAUCACUUGAAAAACCUCUCAUUUAAAUAGAUUGGAUUUUCGAAUCAACUUUAACAUUAAAUUAAGUUUUUUAAAAUUAAGCAGAAGAAAAUGCAUGUAUUACAUUGGGAAAUAGAAUUGCUGGUUAUGUGGUGAUGGUAAUAUAUUAAUUUAUUUGAUAGGGAAUAGGUUUUUGUAUGAUAUUUUCACCAAUUACUUGGUUGUUAUCUUGGUUUCCAAUGAUUGGAACUUUUUUAGCUUCUUUUACAGGUUUUAUUUUCUUUUUAGUAAGUUUUAUUAUUUCAAUUCCAUUUUCACUGUUAACAAUAGCUUUUGCAUGGUUAAUUUAUCAUCCAAAAUAUGGAAUCGCUUUAAUUGCUCUAUCUGGUUUAAUUAGUGCAGGAAUAUACUUUUACAUAAAAAGUUAAAGUUGA